CCACCCACUAUACUCUCAGUACCCAAUGAGAGGACUCCGUCAAGCUUGGUAUCCAAUGAGAGGACUCCAUCGAGCAGCAGUGAGGAAGAGGAGCAUGGAGUUGUGAUGUCAGUUCCUCCCGGUGCACUCCCAGAGAACACAAAGACUGAGGUGGGUCAGAGGAAGGGGAAUGUUCAGAUGGGGGAAAAAAUUGUUCUCUCAGCCCCAAGCAUACACUGACAAUUAUUCUAGUUUUCAGUAUCAGCAUAAUAUGAAGAAGGUAGAAAGUGCCUUUGGAUGAAAACAUCAUUGAUCCUGCCCAAUAAGGUUCAGAAGCCUCAUUUUCCAAGUCUGCUGACUGUUCAACUAGAGGUUAUGACACUAGUCAUAUUCCUCGUUCCCUGUCCUUAUCUCCAUCUCUCCUCUGGUCCAGAUGUCCUUCAGCAGUUCAUCCCCCCAGCUCGUGUCCCACCUGCCAGCCCAGAAGGAGAGAGAACUCUGGUGAGACUCUGGGAAUGGAACACCUUUUAUCUGACUUAUUUAAGAGAUCUAUGGGACUGCACUUAUCAACAUAUUUCGUUGUGAAUUGAAUGAUCAGAUGAUCAUGUAUUUUUAUCAGGAGACAGCCCCGACUUUUAUCAAGCAGUAUGGAACAACCUACAGAAUGGAUCUUCAUCCAAGGUAGAGGAGACAUUUUCACUUGACCAUUUACUGCCCAGAGUGGGAAAGUCUGACUAGAAAGCGCUUUACACCUUUCUCCUCAAUCUGUAUCACAGCACUAACUCCUUGUCAUCUAAUGAUUGUUCUUCACCUUUCUUACAUCUAGUAUGUAGUGGUGAUUCCUGUAGAGGCUGAAGUGUCUGCUGAGGUAUUAUUACUGGUAACAAAACUCUUCACCUUUUCAUAUCUAACCAUUACUGUUCUCUUUCUUGUGUUUGGGUUACACUUCUGACCAAUGAUUGUUUUGUGUCUUGUCAAUCAGAAUUUGAUAGAAAAUAUAUCAAUGACUCAAAAGUAAAAUAAAACAUUUGUAUUGGUCUAAUUGUUUCAUUUAUCUUUGUUUGUUCUCCAGAAUGGGCCUGUAGAUAACAGGUACCAGACCCUGCCGUUGAAGGCCUCCCUCCCAGAGCAUAAUGGAGAGGGAGAGUGCAGUGAGACACAGAGCCAGAGGUCUCCAGAGGGGAGUGAAGACGGAGACUCAAGUAAGCCUAAAGAAGCACUACCUGCCACACAGACUGUCCAUAAGUGCUUCAGAUACCUUCACCUCAGAAUAUAUUGUAGGAUUCAAUGUGUCUUAUGUUGCUUGGUGGACAGACCUGUUCUGAGAAACCAUCUGUGCUUAGGUCUGGCCCCUUCUACACCACAGAGCACAAAGCCCCUGAUAUCAGAUCAGACCAAGACUUGGUCCUCCCUUUGAGACAGGGCAACUACACAGGUCUCUGAUUAGUUGUACUGUGAUCAAAGCUAAUAGGGGAGAGGCCCCAGCCAGAGCAAAGGUUUUCAGGGAUAUUCCUGACUGCCUGACAUAUACCAUGUUCACAGCCCCAACCUCUUUCUGAUCGACCACACGCAACCCAACCCCAUCCUCUCUCUCACAGACCACGCUUACCCCAAUUCCACUUUCUCUUUCUAAAUUACCAAGGUCCACACAACCCCACCCUCUCUCACGGACCACACUCACCCCAACUCCACCCUGGGCUUUGGAGUGGCAGGAAUCAAGUCCAAGAGUAUAUGAUCCUCCCACAAAAUUAAUCUAUAUUGGCCUCCCAGCUGUAACUGGUGGCAGAGGUGGGAUUUUGUGCUGUGCACAUGGACCGGCACAGGCCCAGCAGCUGGAACCACUUUCUAUGUGCUCUCUCUCCUAUUGGGUGGUCGGUUAGACCCAAAGGCCUCCAAUAUAAACAUGAGAAAGCAAAGCUCUACCAAUCCCCUAGUGGGCCUAUCUGUGAGUCUUACUGAGGUCCGACACAUAACGAAAAAGACAUUACAGACAAAAUACUUUACAAUUGAUAUACACAACAUGUUCAUGUUUUUAAAUGUGUGUGUUUGUGUGUGUGCGCAUCUAUCAGUUACACAUACAUGUCAGUACAUACACACAACAAGUAGGUCACAUGGGGGAGAGGCAUUGUGCCAUGAGGUGUUGCUUUAUUUGUUUUUUGAAACCAGGUUUGCUCUUCACUUGCGCUAUAUAACAUGGAAGGGAGUUCCAUGCACUCAUGGCUCUGUAUAAUACUGUACGUUUCCUUGAAUUUGUUCUGGACCUGGGGACUGUGAAAAGACCCCUGGUGGGGUAAGUGUGCGUGUCAGUGCUGUGUGUAAGUUGACUAUGCAAACAAUAUGGAAUUUCCAACACAUUAAUGUUUAUCUUUCAGGGAUUUGUACACGUAGGGUGUCCAUGGCACUAGCUAUGAGCUAAUUAACAUGUUUGUGCUAGUUAUCUCUCCACAGGCUAUUGGCAAUAAACAUAAUUCACUUUAUUUAUUUUUUUGACAGUCAUUAAGAUUGAAGUCUUUUUGAAGGUUCACUGCCUGUAUAAAACUUAUUUUCACACAAAGAUAACAUCAGCUAUUUGUUUUGCUGCCCUGGAAAGAAAUUACUUUUUGAACCAGUUGAUUGCUUUUAUUCGUGCAUUGUACAUUUUCAAGAGCAACUCAAAUGAAAGCUAAACCAGAACCUUCGCCCACAUGUAAACUUCCGAUUGAAAUUAUUAAAUGUUUCAAUGAUGGAUACACAACUAGAUAAUAAAGAUCAUUUUUGUUGAUCUUUCCCCCCUUCUUACAGGAAAGACAGAGAAAAUGGACGACACCUCAUCCUCUGACCUUUCACCCCAGUCUUCAGGGGCGGAGUCAGGUCAACGGACUAUUGGCUCACCAGAACACCUGAAGAACAAUAACAGUAUCAGGAAGCUCUGGGGAAAGUGAGUGGGUAUAAUGUUUAUUUUUUGGGAUAAAAUAUAUACAGUAAAUUGAGCAUAUACCUCACCUAAAAUGGCAAGCUUAGGGAUGUGAAUGACACCCAAGUCUUGCAUAUUAUGUACAGUAUGUCUAUGAAAUCAAAUAAUGUCCUCUCCUCCAGGAUCAGGCGGACCCAGUCAGGGGGUCUGCAGGGGGAGGACCUGGAACCAAACCAGUUUAGGAGAGGGGGGCUGCGUGCCACAGCGGGGCCAAGACUCACCCGGACCCCUGACUCUGGCAGUUCUGUUCGGUAAGACUGGGUUUGCGGGAUAACUCAUUGACACCACCUAAUUCCCCAAUAGAUUAUUGCCAUGAAAUAACAAUGUGGUAACCCUUUAUUUAGAUAGUCUGUAGAGCAUCUACAGAUGGACUAUCAGUAAAAUAUCUACUAACCCUAACCUUAACCCCUACCCUAACCCUUAUUAAACCUAACCGUAACCUUAGCAAGCAGUUGCUUAUCAACAGAUAGCUUGUUGAUAGUAUGACCAUCUGUAGAGCAUCUACAGAUGGAAAUUCCGGACUAUCCAAAUAAGGUGUGACCCAAUAUGUGACCGACCGCCUCGAUUUGGUCUUAUGUAGCAACAUUUGAAAUUGUGUUUUUUACAUUGGAUAAAAGUAGAGGCUCAGAGCUAGAAAAUGGUACAUCAUACACUGCAGUUGAGGAACAAAUGGGAAUUUAAUUCUGCUUUGAAAGUUGAUAAACUUGUAACCCCACUUUUGAGAAAAAGGCCCUUGAAUGUUUUGGGACACCUACUGGAGAGCUCUUCUUUGCCUGCACCCAUUCAGCAUCGUUCACACACUCUUAAGCCUUAGCCCCACCCAUCUAUUUAAGGAUUCACAUGUGAGGUCAUGUGCUAAACAGUGAGUACGGUAGUGUACAACCAAAGAUUUCAAGACUAAAGGCUGGUUUAGACAUUCUAUCGAAUGUCUGUAUACAGUUGUUGCAGUGACAUCAUAAAAUGCCAUUUAGUAGACGCUUUUAUCCAAAGUGACUUACAGUCAUGCGUGCAUACAUUUUUUUGUGUGUAUGGGUGGUCCCGGGGAAUCGAACCCACUACCUUGGCUUUAAAAGCGCCGUGCUCUACCAGCUGAGCUACAGAGGACCACGUCAUGAACAUUCUAUUGUCGUCCGACAUCAAACUUUGUCGUUAUGAAAAAUGUAGUUAGUUUCUAGCUUGUUAGAAGGUGUAAACUGUACAGUGAAAUGGUUACUUGCAUAGUGGAGUCUUUUUGAUUAGACAUGUAGCUAGCUAAACGAUGAACCAUAAUACCAACUCAUAUUGUUGCUACCCUUCAUGAAUCUACAGGUAGCUAAAGCUAACCAACUAGCUAGGUUCAAUGUUAGCUAGCUAGCUGACAUUAGGCUAUCACUAGCAAUGUAAAUGGCUCUGAGGUAUGAAUAACACUACACAGAUCAUACACGUAAUGUUAGCUAGCUAGCCAGCCAGCUAACGUUAGCUAGCUAGCUAACAGUACACUUUAACUUGCAAUGAAAACAACUUUCUAACAAUAUUUGAAACGUAUAAUAUCUGAAAAUGUAACUAGCUAGACUCUCUUACCCGCAUACAUGGAUGAACGCUGCUCCCUCUCUGUCACAGAUGCCAUUGUUGCCCUUAGUUUGAAGAUGUAAUCCAGACAGGUGUUUUAUACAACAGCUUUCUGCUUUCUCUUUCUGACUCCCUCUGCAUUUGCAAUCAAAUGCCUGAAUUUUCUCCAUCUCCUUAGCUAUCAUACUCUGCUUCCACCGGGAAUUUCACUGAUUUCAAAACUCGGUCCUCCAGAAAGUGGAGAGCCUUAGCAAAACUUGUGCAGUUCUUUGUGAUAUCUUUCAAAAAAAGCCACUUUAGAAAGGAUUACCUACACAUACUAAGCAGCUCAUGUUAUAGACAGAAGAGUGCUACAUGGCUGAACAAUCCGAACUCAUCUCUCAGCAUGUCCAGCCCAACCAUUAUCUCAGCCAAUCAUGGCUAGUGGGAAGGUUCCUGACUUUUUCCGUGGUUAAACCAACUAGGCUGGAAUAAUAAAAAUAAAAAUAAAGGAAUUUACAGACGGCAUACAAUUUGUUUUUAAGGCACAUGAAAGUUCACAUGUUCCAGAAUGCAUUUCUGCCAAAAAGUGUUUUUUAUUUAAAAAAUUUUAAAUAACGUUCAAAUGCCUCUCCUGUGAAGUAGUGAUCGCGUGACAUACGCCUAGUUUCCUGAAAUGAGUCGCAUGUUUGCUACUGCACCUGUUUCAAUAUAGGGAAUACUGUUCACAUUGUAUAGAUGUUGAAUAGGCCAUAUACAAUGCAUGUAGACAGAAGCAAAACAAGGUUUUCUAUCAGUGUUCUCUCUCUCUCAUGGAUUCUUAAUCUAAUUUCUCUCAUUCUGUCUUUCAGGGAUAUGAACACUCCAUUCAGCCAGUGGACCAGGGAGCAGGUGUGUGGUUGGCUGGAGGACUAUGGUCUGGGUCAGUACGUCAACCUGACCCGGCAGUGGGUCGACAACGGACAGACGCUCCUGUCCGCCAGGCCGCAGGACUUUGAGAAGGUCAUUGAGGGAGAGAGGGUUGCUACCCUGAUGAACUUAAAAACAUACAAAAUUGUUGCUUGUAUGGUGUCCAUAUUAGGACGGCCUCAGGGUCACAAGUAGGUUGUGUCAGUCACUCAGAACUUGUCAGUCUCAUCAGGAUUCCUUAUAUGGACGCUGCUUUGUCUUAAUACUCUCUGGAGAACAUGUAACACUGCAGGAAUCAAGAUCAUGUUGAUCUGAACAUGUUUUAUAAACAUAGUCAUUGAUUGGCUUUGGGAAACCACAGUAAAACCUUCCAUGCAAACAAACGCAGUGACAACCAUAUUGCUCCAAAUGCAGGUUGUUUGGGAAACGUUAUUUUAAUGUAAAUGUUUCUGUGUCCACAGGAAAUGGGUAUCAAACACCCGCUACACAGGAAGAAACUACAGUUGGCUCUGAGGGGGUUCGGUACUAAAGCCAUGGAGAAGUCCUCUGAGCUGGACCACAUCUGGGUUACACGUACGUCUACAACUUAAACUGUACUAUUAAAAUCUACCAUAUUCAGACAUUGCCAGAAGUGUGGUAUUUGAGGUGCACAAUGAGUCAACUGUAUUGUCUGUACGAUAUUUUGUUGGAAAAUAUUCCUUGUUUAAAAGGAAGUUAAAAUGGUUAACUCUGAUUGGUCACAUGCAGGAUGGUUGGAUGACAUAGGCCUUCCUCAGUACAAGGACCAGUUCCACGAGGGACGAGUGGAUGGCAGGAUGCUCCAGUAUCUCACUGUGGUGAGGCUAAACAAUUAGAUGUUUUAAAGUGUUAACGUGCUCUCAUCUGAUAUCAUCACCAUUAUUAUGCCAUUAGUGUAAAAGGGGUCCCAUACAGUGAAUACACCCUAGCUUACCUACUGAACUACAGUGAAUACACCCUAGCUUACCUACUGAACUAAAGUAAUUGAACUGUUUCCCAGAAUGACCUGCUUUCCCUGAAGGUGACCAGUCAGCUCCAUCACCUCAGUAUAAAGUGUGCUAUCCACGUCCUACACGUCAACAAGUUCAACCCCCACUGCCUCCGACGCAGGCCUGGGGAGGAGGUGAGAGGGAGGGGACCCUGAAGUGGGGGGAGGAGGGAAAUGAGUGACUGAGGAGAGAAGCAAAAGUUGGAAGGAUGGAUGAGAAAUUAGUUAAGAUUUGUUUAAUGAUAAGAUUUUACUGCUCAGUGGAUGAACUCUCUCAUUUCUCUCUCUCCCUGGUCAGAGGAACCCCUCUCCCUCAGAGGUGAUCCAAUGGUCCAACCAUCGUGUGAUGGAGUGGCUUCGGGCAGUGGACCUGGCUGAGUAUGCACCCAACCUACGGGGCAGUGGGGUCCAUGGAGGUCUCAUUGUGAGUGGACUGCACCUCAGAACCAUGUAUGCGUCCCAAUUCCCCAAACUUUUUUGAAGUGUGCAGUUGCACACCCCCCGUCAUUUGCAAGUCCACACUUUGGAAGAAGUGUGGAGAAUCGGGAUGCAGCCUAAGUCACUUAAAAAUGAUGUGUUCCUACCUGAGUGAGCUCCAGCCCUCUCCUCUACCCCUGUACUUUAGAUUCUGGAGCCGCGGUUCACCUCUGAGACCCUGGCCAUGCUGCUGAACAUCCCCCCUCAGAAGACCCUGCUCCGCCGCCACCUGGCCACCGCCUUUACCGCCCUGGUGGGGACACAGGCCACUCUGGAGAAACGGGAGUACGCCAACGCCACCGGCCAUGCACCCCUCACCACCACCGCCAAAGUCCGGGUACGACUGCUGUGUGUCCAUGGAAGAAGGCCUGUGAUUACUGUAUAAUGUGCUGUGAGCACUGUGUACAUUUUAAUGAAAUCUGCCUAAUUUGCUGUUAUUGAGAGUUUUAGAUAUAAUCCGCAGUAGUUAUUUUUCAAUGUACAAAUUGUGUACAGAGAACCCUAGCUUAAGCCCUUUCUUCCUGUAUUAUUUCAGCCCAAGAAGCUUGGUUUCAGUCACCUGAGGAAGAGGAGGCCGGAUGACUUGGCGGACUACAUCUGCCCUAUAGACAGUGGGGGCCUUUCGGCCAUGAAUGGGGUUUCCCACCGGCCGUUCGCAGCGGUCCGAGGCCUCAGCCCCAUCCUGGACAGAGAGCCAGAGAGACUGGAGCAGGUGGGGCCCAAAAGC